CACACACAAGUUUACACCUAUAGCCAUAUUACUUACUAUUGCUAAAAAAACAUGUCUGUGGCACAGAUUUUCGAGAGAGUGGACAAAAACAAAGACGGAAAAAUUUCAUGGGACGAAUUCGCAGAAGCUAUUCGCGUUUUCUCUCCUAAAAUAACAUCCGAAGAAAUCGAUAAGAUGUUCAGGGAGCUAGACAUUGACGGUGAUAACGAAAUCGACGCGGUGGAGUUCGCUUCAUGCUUGAUGCUUAACAAUGGAGAAAAGGAAGACGAAGAAGUUGUUAUGAAAGAAGCAUUCGAUUUGUAUGAUAUUGAUCGUGAUGGAAAGAUAUCAGCAAGCGAGAUUCAUGUGGUAUUGAAGCGUCUUGGAGAAAAGCAUACAAUGGAUGAAUGUGUUAUGAUGGUUCGAGCGGUUGAUAAAGACGGUGAUGGUUUUGUGGAUUUUGAAGAGUUUAAGACUAUGAUGACUUCUACCAAGAAGUCACUAUGAUCUUUUUAUUCAAUAUUUUCUUAAUGUUCUUUUUGGUUUUGUUUUGUUUGAGUUUUUUACAAAUAAAUUUGAUAUGAUAAUCAAAGUUUUCCCAAUUAUCAAUGAA